AUGUCUUACAGGGGGGCGUUCGCCCUCACUGGUUUCAUCGAAGCCGCACUCUUCUCCGCUCUGCGCGUCUUCGCAAUCUCGGAUAGGAGCCAUGUCUGGUCAUUUCUCGUGUUCGCUCUGAGCACGAUAACAUCCGUGCUCAGCCUGAUCGCCACGAUAAUAUCAAAGUCCAUUGUCGCUGUGGACGAACAACAUGCCGUCGAUCCUGAUGUCAUCUACUCACAGUCACGUAUCGCUCGCGGCUCACUUAUCCUUGCUGACACGAUCGUGCUCGCCCUGACCUGGAUCAAAACUUUCGGAAACUGGAGGCAGGCGCGUAGCGUCAACGUCCAGGUGUCUCUGACGACAUGUCUGCUCCGUAACGGAACCAUCUAUUUCAUAGCGCCGCUAGUGAUUAUUCUAAUCCAGCUUCUGAUCUACGCCUCCACCGCGGUAACGCCGCCCGUGGGCGCAUUCAUCUCGUCCCUACCCUUGGUGCUCAUCAACCGUUUCAUGAGCAACCUGCAGACUGCCGGCUCGGAGAUGCCAGGCUACUCUGUUCGCAUUGCUGAUCAGCGUCAGCUCGAACAGCAGGUCAACGAGAAGUCCGUCGAUGCGCAUCAAUGGCUGCUUCGGGUUGACAUCUAUCAGAAAGAGUCCGUGGCUCUGGCGUCGACCAGUGCAAGGCGGCGCAGCGCACGUAUAAGCUGGCAGUCUCUCAUCCACGGAUGGAACAUCAAUGCUGUAAUGAUUGACGAAGAAAAACGGCCAUCAGCUGCGUUCAGCAUGCAGGUACAUGCAGGCCUCGCGACGCUCAUCGCGCCCGACACGAUCGAGGCCAAGCUCAUCAACGACAAACUCGACUCGUUCACCAUUCAAGGGAGCGCGCCUUGCCGCUGAUGUCAUUCAGUAUCGCCCCGUCGUCGGGUGUGCGAUCCGCCUUGCGCGCAGUAAUACUCCGGUGUGCGAUACCAUCGACUUUGCGGGGCAUACUUGUUUCGAGAAGAGUAACGAAGUCCGGGACAGAAGAUGCCAUCUCGCUCUAAUCUCAGCGCAUCAACCUGACUUUUCCACAUCCCCCAUGUAUCAGAACCACCCGCUCGGUACUCUGUCGGACCUACUUG